GACCGGAGCACAUUUCAGAACUGAGGCCUCCAAAAGGUCAGUGCUGUAUUAUUUGUGCAGUGCAGAGUAGAGCGAGUUUAAAAACAUCCCAAGAGCUUCCUCUUACAUUUACUGGUUUCAGAGGGGUGGUUUUUUUUUCCCGAGCACUUUCUCAGGUGCAGACAGGCGCCAUGACAACCUUCAUCAAAGCCAGCGCAGUCACUCACAAAAAACAACACUCACUCACUCGGAGCGGAUGAGGUCCGUCCUCAAAACAGGAAAGAACUGGCACCACCCGACAUAUCUGGCCUUCUUCCUGAACCUAAUCAGUGAGCAUGUUUUGGGUGAAAUCUAGCGACAACAAGUUGUACAUUAAUCUCUGUGACGUUUCGGAGGAAUCAUUGUAGGAUGGGGGUACCAUUGGCUGCUCACCAUCCUCCCAUCCUCGAGCCUUUUUAAGUGAAGUGUGUCGGCUGCUUAAGCGCAUAGAGGGGGGAAGUGGAUCGCUCAUCAUGUUUAAAGUUGUUUCCUCUCUGAGAGGCCGCGGGGCGGCUUUAACGGGGCGGUCACGCUGUUCGCCCGCUUCGGCCAGACUUCACCUGGGAAGUGGUGCUGUGUGUCAGAAAUCGGCACUCGAGUGUCGACCCGCGGACUUCGCUGAGAUGCCUCCAUGCAAUUUCAAGCCAGAGGAAUACAAGGGGACGUCCAAAGAGCGGAUGGUGGAGAUCCGAGAGAGGAACUGCAACCCCAUGGUCACCAAGGUCACCUACUACAAGAGACCCGUGUUCAUCCACCAGGGCCACAUGCAGUGGCUGUGGGACGUGGACGGGAGGCGGUACCUGGACCUCUUUGCCGGCGUGGCUACGGUCAGCGUGGGCCACUGCCACCCGAAGGUGACCGAAGCCACGCAGAGACAGCUGAGGAGACUGUGCCAUACUACAAACAUCUACGCCCACCCUCCUCUGCAUGAGUACAUUGAGAAGCUGGCCUCCUACUUCCCGGAUCCUCUCAAGGUGAUAUAUCUGACCAACAGCGGCUCAGAAGCCAAUGACCUGGCCAUGCUGAUGGCUCGGCUUCACACGGGGAACUUUGACAUCAUCGCCUUCAGAGGAUCGUACCACGGCGGCACACAACAGACCAUGGGUCUCACCUCCAACUCACCGUAUAAAUUCCCCGUCGCCACCAGUUCCGGCUGCACGCACACCAUGAGUCCGGAUGUGUUCAGAGGUCCGUGGGGAGGAAGCCACUGCAGGGAUUCUCCUGUGCAGACCAUCAGAGAAUGUGGCUGUGCUCAAGGAUACUGCGUGGCAAAUGACCUUUACGUUGGGCAGCUCAAAGAGACAUUCGCCACCAGUGUGCCAAGUCGUGUUGCCGGUUUAUUUGCAGAGCCGAUUCAGGGAAUGGGAGGAGCUGUGCAGUACCCAAGAAACUACCUCAAGGAGGCUUACAGACUUGUAAGAGAGAGAGGAGGACUCUGCAUUGCAGACGAGGUCCAGACGGGCUUUGGGCGAACAGGAAGCCACUUCUGGGGAUUCCAGGGUCACGGCGUCAUUCCCGAUAUGGUUACCAUGGCGAAGGGGAUUGGUAAUGGUUUCCCGAUGGGGGCUGUGGUUACAACACCCGAAAUUGCUGCUUCCUUCGGGAAGGCCUUGCACUUCAACACCUUUGGAGGAAGUCCUCUGGCUUGUGCCGUUGCUUCGUCAGUGCUUGACACCAUCCGAGAAGACGGCACACAGCAGAACAGUCUUAAGGUGGGGACCUAUCUGCUGAAACGACUGGCAGAUCUGAGAGACGAGUACGAGAUCAUCGGGGACGUCCGUGGGAAAGGCCUGCAGAUCGGUGUGGAAAUGGUCAAAGACAAGGCCAGCAGAGACCCGCUGCCUCCCGAGGCGAUGGGUGAGAUCUUCGAGGACAUGAAGGACACGGGAGUCCUGAUAGGGAAAGGAGGAGUGUACGGACAGACGUUCCGCAUCCAGCCCCCGAUGUGCAUCACCCAGGAGGACGUCGAUUUCUUCCUUGCAGUUUUUAACAAGGCUGUGCACAGCUACACGGACAGAAGAUCAACAGGUCCGAAGUGAAAGUCAAUGCCAGGAAAUGAACACCACCACUCAGCAGCCAACUGCACGGUUUACAUUUGU